GCCAGGAUCUAUGGGUUGUUUCGAUAUAGCAUCCGAUCCCCCGGACGCUUCCUCUUCAAGUCCACCAUCGAAUUGUUCUCGAUUGCCUUGUCCUCGUGAAAGCCUUUCGCCUUUAACGUCCUCAAUACUGACCAAUGUUUCUUUAUCCAACAUGCUCCUGCCUCCCCGUCCGUCCGCAGCUUCGCAAGCCUCGAGAGAUUCAACACCCAAAGCCGGCUGCUCCAAAAAUCGCCAGUUGUCCCAUGCCGCACUCCCGAGUGAGAAAUCCAGGAGUGGAACCGUAAGCAUCGAUGGUGCGACCCCCAAGGCACCAGGGUGUCAAAAUUUUAAGGACAGAUUCGGAAGCGAGGCCAACGGCUAUGGUAUCUAUGAAGUGAGAACUGACUUUUUGAUUUUGAAGUCCGAGUAUGGACGUGGGGGCUAUGGGCUAGAGAAUCUUGGUCAGGUCAGUCAAGUAUACGAGAGGAUGGCACCGCUCAUGUCCAGACUCUUUCAGGCGAGGCAGCUUUG